AUGCUGUGCUACCGCAAGCGUUCGAGGACGGAGCUUAAGGAGAUGCCGUGGGAUCGGUGGCUGUCGAGCCCCGUCCCUAAGGUGGAGGAGAAGCUGAUUGCGCUAAACUCGUGUUACGGGUUCGUCACGAGGUAUAGCGUCCCGGGCGGCCAGAAGCAGACGCUGAGGUACCCCAAGCACGUCAAGGGCCACAUCACGGUGUUUCCGAACAAUGUACAAGAAUUGGUGACGAAAGUGCUGCCGCACCCUCUCCUGCAGGUGAUGGACGAGAUCCACAUCUCGUGGCAGGGGGCGGUAAAGCCGACACCGAGCGACCUAUCGAGUCUCUUGUCUGUGAGGCGGCGCGUUGUCGAGAGGGCUCUUGUUUGGCUGAAGAGAAACAACCCACACUAUGCCGAGAUCGAGAUCGACGCGGCUGAGAUGGAGAGCUGGGGAGAGUCGGCCCACGGGGUGCCGCCGUCGGUGUACGGGCGCCUGGAGCGGAACGAGCCGUCGGCAUGGGAGAAGACGCGGACGGCGCAUAUCGUGCCGCCCACGGAGCGGGCCAUGGACGACGAGGGCGCGGUAGAGAUCGAAGAAGUCCUGUCUCUGCUCAACCAAGGGAGGAAGCGCGACGAUUCUCGAGGACGACGAGCCAGAGUCAAUCGAGGUAGACGAGGCAGAGGCACCGCCGACAUACGCGAGCGGGAGGCCGCGACGCGAGAGCUCGUGUCGUCUCGGAACAUGAGCCUUCGGACCUGGGCCGACACGGUGUUACGACGCCACGGUGGCCGGUUCGCGACGCACCACAUCUUCGCCUUCCUCGUCUUUAAUAUAGGCGUGCGGUCGAGGAACCGCCGCGUCAGCAUGCUAAGCGUGACGAGGAAGAACUUCCGCAAGGUGGAGCGCAUCAGAGCAGGCAAGACGACCGAUGAUGCGGUGAAGGAGCUGCUCAGGAGCCUUUCGCUGUAUGGCGUACCGCGCGCGCGACCCGAAGCGGCCGAGGAGUUCCUACGAAGCCUCGAUAAGGCGUUCAAACGUGUGCGGCUGUCCGUGUCCGACCCGAUGAGCUCGGCCGUCUUCUUCCACCGCGAGAUGACGCUGUUCUUCGAGCAUUACGUCAAUGCCGGGAACGGCGGGGAACAAGCGGCAUACCGCGAGCGAAUCGUCCGCUACGUCGAUAGUGUCUUCAGCGAGGACCUGGACCAGGAAGGGUUCUGCGCCGUCGAGGCAGAGCGUUCGGUGACGUCCGAUAUCUCGUCCCUGCUGAACAGGGCCGAUCAGUUCUCGGCCUCCAAGGGGCGGAAGGGCGCCGACCUCUGUCGCUUUAAGGCACCGUGGGAGCGGGUCGAGGAGACGACCCUGUCAGCGGACGGCGUGCUGCGGAUCCGCAGAACACAUCCCAUGGUGAACCGGUGGAACAAGGCCAUCGCCGUCGGGCUCCGUCACAACCACGACAUUUCCUUUAUAGCGACGCAGCGGAAGACCAUGGCGCUCGUCUACUACGUGACCAAUUACGCGACUAAGGUGGAGGACCCGACGUGGAAGCGCGUCGCCGCCGCCGCCGAACUGCUGCCCGUCGUGUCGGCCGGUAGUCAGCCGGGUGCCGGGGAUGACACGCGGCAGUUUCUCAUGAGAGUGGCGAAUCGGGUGUUCACGGAGCGGGCGCUGUCCGCCUGGGCGUACCUGAACGUGUCGGUGCUAUACUGGCACGUCUCGAGGCUCUGGCGACACCUUCGGCAGCAGAGCGGCACCGCGGCGGUCGAAGACGUGUCCGUCGCGGACGAGUCGGUCGUCGUCGAACAAGCAGGCGAGAGGAUCAGUUUCGCCGAGGCCUAUCAUCAUCGCGGACAUGUCCUACGAGGCUUGUGCCUAUACGACUAUGUUUCGCUCGUCAGGCUCCAACGCGUCGGCAAGGCCGGCUGCUCCGGCGGCUGGGGAGAGGUGCCGUUCGAGAGCGGCUGGGUGGCCGGUAAAGACUGGGUCCAGGUGCUAAGGCGGCCGGGAAAGUACGCCGUCGUCUGCCUCGACGGCUACCUAAGCAAGGAUUUCGAGCAGGACGACGAGGAAUCGGCUCAUCGCAGCGCGGCCGGGGCGAACCAGAUCACGGCGGGAUCGCGCGAGCUCUCGGGUAUGAUACAGCAGCUGUGCCGCUUCCAGCAGUCAGCGCUGGCCUCGACCGCCGAGCUCGAGGCCUCCAUCGUCAGGGAACGGGGCGGGAGGCGCAUCGACUUGCCGGGGCGGGUCUUUUCCGGGGCCGCGGUGCCGCCGCAGGACCAGGUCAAGGCCAUCAAGUCGCAGCAGACGAGCGCCUCGAGGGAGAGGGUGAAGAUGAUACAGGGUAUACAAAGCAUGGCCACGGCCCACGGCACCGAUCGUGGCGCGGCGGAGCGGAGUGUGCUGACCGGCUUCGGCGAGGAAGGCGUGCAGAUAACGGCGGCGGAAGCCGAGGAGACGGCGGGUAACGCCGAGGCCGGCAUGGAAGUCCGCCUCGGCCCGUCGACCUCGUUCCUCGAGGCCGGAAAAGGCUUGACGAGACGCUUGACGCUAAACAGGAAACAGGCCAUCGCCUUGUCCAUAAUAUGCCGCCACCUUGACUUGAUGCGGCGAGGAGACGGAGGGGGCGACGUCAGCCAGCUCUGUCAGUUCGUCGGCGGCGAGGGCGGUACCGGCAAGUCGCGCGUCAUCGAAGCACUCGCGGAGCGGUUCGUCGACGGCGAGUCCCGCAUGGACUGGCAGGACAAGGAGGUGCUCGUCAUCGACGAGGUAAGCAUGCUCGGCGCGCGCACGCUGCACGCCGUCAACGAGCGGCUCUGCCAGCUGCGGGGGUCGCAGCGGGACUUCGGCGGGAUCCCCAUCGUCCUCUUCUGCGGGGACUUCCACCAGUUCCGCCCGGUCCAGGAAAGGUCGAUCCUACUGCCGAGCUCGGCCGUCUCGUGGGACGAGGACUACUCGUUCAGGGCCGAGCAGCGCCACCAGCACGACAAGGCGCACGCGCUGUGGAAGCGGUUCACCACUGUCGUCAUGCUGGACGAGCAGAUGCGCGCCGCCGGCGACCCGGAGCUGCAGAGGCUGCUAAAGCGGAUCCGACUGGGCGUGCAGGAUCACACCGACCUAGACCUCCUUAACUCAAGAUGCUACCGGGAAGGCAGGCGAAUCCCGUGGGAGACAGGCAUCACCGUGGUCACGCCGCUAAAUAGGAACCGGUGGAAUCUCAACAUGGAGGCGAGCUUAGCAUUCCAGAUGCAACGACGUUUGACGAUACGCAUCUUCAUCUCCGAGCAUAAGUGGAAGGAGGGGCUGCCGACCGAGGAAGAGGCCAUCAUGAUGCUAAACCAGGGCGACGACAGCGCGACCCCAGUGCCGGGCGUCUUUAUCUACACGGCGGCCGAGGUCAUCGUCGACAAGGUGCACCCGGCGCAUCGCAUCUCGGCCGAUAUGGCGAUCCACUUCGGGCCGCCGGCGGCGAUCAUACUAGGGUCGGAGACGACUAAGGACUUCCACUUCGUCGGGAUGCCGCCCGGCACGAUCCUGCUGACGCCUAUGAGCGUCAGGAUCCAGUGUCACCGGAAGCGACCGUGGCAGCAGAAGGAGGUCACCCGCAAGGGCCUGCCGUGCGCCGCGGCCUUCGCGUGCACCGAUUAUAAGGUGCAGGGCGGGACGCUCGAGCGUGUCGCGCUCGAGCUGCGAGGGACGAGGACGACAAACGUCGGUGGACACGGCAUCAUGCUCAUAUCGGAGGUGCGAGAGAGACUGUGA